AUGGAAUUCCGUGUAGGGAAAAACGUGGUAAGUUAAUAUGAAUAGUUUAUUUGCAUAAGAGAGUCAAUUAAUUAGACCGUCAUGCGUCGCUUGUUUGAACAGCGUGAAUUCGCCGUAGAUGGCGAGCAUGAUGUAGGAUUCAUUUUUAGUACCUUAUCACCUAGCUAUUGUAUUAACAUAAGUUUUUGAACCUUAAAAUUUGGAGCAUUUGUCAAGAAUUGUGUCCUUAUUUCACCUCUGAACGGUCUGAGGCAUGUUAACCAGCGACUCUUGCUUUCCUCCCCAACAUUUAAACUUCUCAAAAUAUUAUUUCCGUCAGGAAAUAUACAAAAAAGAUAAAUAAACAAACUUUAUUUGCCCUGAAAGAUAAAUCACCUGUAAAGCGGUCAACAAGCGGGGUGAGGGGGAGGGGGGGUUGUGAAGGGGGGUUCAUUCAACACACUCAGUUGAGCAGUGCGGCUUAAUUUUAAUGUUCCAUACUUGAUCAAUCAUACUAUUGGUUUCAGACAGUCGUUUCAUAGAAGAAAAUAUCAAACGUCAUUUUUUUUGUUACUCUCCGUAUGAUAUAUCCAUAAAAGAACAGUUAGUGGUAUGAACUGAUAGUUGUCAACUGCUUUUAAAUUGACUCUUUCAGCUCACGUUGAAGAAUCUGGCAUUUUAUGCGUUGACCACACCGGACAAGAGAAGCGGUUUGAGCUGUCUUCAAUCAGCUUGCAUUUUAGGGGACGUCGAAGCCGUCAAUGUAAUCUUGAAUUACAGUCCAGACAAACUUGACAGUGCUAUAGCACUGAGUAUCAAAACUAGCUACCUCGCCUCCCACUUCCCUGGCGAGCCUGUUGUUACUGUUUUGCGACAAAGUGCUCAAGAAUCUCCACCUCACAAGCUUAUCAGCCAACUUGUUGAAAACAUUGUGAAUAUACAUGACGCUUCCCUUCUUCACCUGGCUGCAAAAACAGGCAACGUCCAGCACCUUCAAAGGCUUCUUGAUAAUGGCGGUGAUGUUGACUCAGCGUCACCGGAGACGGAAAAUGGAGCCACGCCGCUGAUGCUAGCGGCUAGGUUUAAUGAUGUGCACGUUGUGAAAUUUCUUGCCGAAAGAGGUGCCUCUUUAGAGAAACACGAUUAUCAAGGUUACUUCCCUAUUCAUCAUGCUGCAUUCGGUGGCCAAGCGGGGAACAUAGCACGCUUGAUAGAGUACGGAGCCGAUGUCAACGUGUUGAAAGAGAGAGAGCAAUGGUGGUCAGUCAGUGAUCAAUUAUCGCCUAUUUUUUUGGCUGCCGAGUAUGGUCACUCGGAGGCUGUUGAUGUUUUGCUGAAGCACGGUGCUGAUUCGAAUAGUCCUAGUAGAUAUGGUGUCACACCUCUUCAUAUAGCUGCCACCAAUGGCCAUCUGGAAACCACCCAGCUGUUACUUAGAAAUGGUGGAAAUUUAAACAGCCGAGAUAUCGAGGACUUUUUGCCACUUCAUCGUGCCGCUGAAAUGGGGCAUACAGACGUGGUGAAGUUCAUUCUUCAUAAUGGUGGAAGUAUAGCAACAAGGACUGGUGAUGGGCAGACACUCCUUCAUUUGGCCACUUGUCUGGAACUAGUGAGUUAUCUUGUUCAGAACGGCGCUGAUGUUAACGCUCGAGACCACAGGAGACUUACCCCAUUGCAAGUCGCUGCGGAAAGAGGGCAAACUGACACUGUCAAGUAUCUUUUGUCUCAAGGUGCAAACAUCAACCUCCGGGAUAGGUUCGGUUGCUCAGCUUUGUUUGACGCUUUGAAAGGGGGCCAUACUGCCACUGCUGACGUUUUGAUCAAAAGAGGCUGCGAAUUGAAGCUUGUGAACGAUGAAUGCUGUGCGAAGAAUCUUAUCCCGCCAUUGCUGUUAAAAGCAGCUUCAGAAGGUCGCACAGAUCAGUUAAAUCUUCUUUUCCACACCGGGAUAUCUGUGAAUACAACAAGCAUUUCUGGAGAAACCGCUUUAAGAGUCGCAGUUCGGCGUAGACACUGUUCUACAGUUGCGUUUUUGUUAGACCGAGGAGCUAUCAUCGAUGAAGACGACACUCAUGAAGAUCUCCCCGAUGAUGAUAAGGAAGAAAACUUCGACAGCUGCAAUGACAUCAAGCAGCAUCUCCCCUUAUGUUGGAUAAUGAAAUUGGGCCAAAGUGGUGAAUAUUUGCCUGACUUUCUAACAGAAAGAGGAGCUUUUAUUAUUCAGUAA